AUUUUUUUAAAACUGUGUGUGUGUGUAUGUGUGUUUUCAGGGGGCCGUGCCAUCUGCAAGGAUCAGUUCCUGGAUUUGCACUCUUAAGUUUGAUAACUAAUCAUCUCCUUAAGCUUUUGCAUUCUUUCGGAGUACAAACGGCCACUGGGUGGAUGUUUUUUUUGCUUUUGUGCUUUAAAUAAACAGCAGAGCGGUUGUUCUCUCCGGGACGGCUACGGGACACGCCGAGAGGCGGACGCGUUUCUCAUUCCACCCAAAUCCAGCCCAAGUUGGGACCCCAGUGACGCGUUAUGACAUGAAGGAGACCCGCACUUGUGGACGUCACUGAAGUUGCCGAGUUGCCUUUUUACUUUUGAGCGUUUUCCUGCAGAAUUGAACGAGCCACCUUGCCCCAGGCAGUGGGCUGGCCUGCUGUUUGACUUCACCUCCUGCCACGUCUGAAAACAACACUGCCAUGAUGCAGACCUCAUCACUCCGCCGGCAGAUGAAAAACAUGGUCAACAACUACACCGAGGCUGAGAUCAAGGUCCGAGAAGCCACCUCCAACGACCACUGGGGGCCUUCCAGCUCCAUCAUGUCUGAAAUAGCAGACCUGACCUACAACGUAGUGGCCUUCACCGAGGUUAUGGGAAUGAUCUGGAAGAGGCUCAACGAUCACGGGAAAAACUGGCGUCACGUUUACAAGGCGCUCACUUUGCUGGAUUAUUUGAUCAAAACGGGCUCCGAGCGCGUGACCAAAGAAUGCCGGGACAACAUAUACACCGUUCAGACGCUGAGAGACUUCCAGUACUUAGACCGAGACGGACAUGAUCAGGGCAUCAAUGUCCGGGAGAAGGCGAAACAGUUGGUGGCUCUGUUGAGGGAUGAGGAGAAGCUGAAGAAGGAGAGAAGCCAGGCUCUGAAGACGAAAUCGCGCAUGGCGGGGGUCACCAGCAGCUUGGGCUCCGGAUCUAUGCCCCCUCCUUACCCGAGUCACCACUCCGCCGGGUCGUAUAGGGAGGAUUUCACCACAUGCUCACCGUCAUCUGUCCACUCCUCCACUUCCUCUCCUCAGCUCGCCCCAGACCUUGAACAAGCUCGCCCAGCGACCAGCGGGGAAGAGGAGCUGCAGCUGCAGCUGGCCCUGGCAAUGAGCCGAGAAGAAAGUGAAAAGCCCCCUCCCACAACGGACAUUGAUGAACAGACUCAGCUCCAGAUUGCUAUGACUCUCAGCAAGGAGGAAGCCCAGAAGCCGGUCCAAGCCGCACCUGCACCUGCACCGGCACUGGCACUGGCACCUGCACCUGCACCGGCACCGGCACCGGAACCCGCCGUGGACCUGGAUGAAGACGCCCAGCUCCAGUUAGCCCUGAGCCUGAGCAAGGAGGAGCACCAGCAGGAGCAACUCAGUCGCCAAGGAGAUGAGAUGCAGCUCCAGAAAGCUCUGGAGGAGAGUAAACGGGAAAUGGCAGCGAAAGGCGGGACGUCCUUUAUGGACCUGGUAGAUGUUUUUGCAGUGCCUGCAGAUCCACCUCCCGGUGAUCAUCGCUGGAAUAAUGCCUCCCACCAGAUAGCUGCCAGCGCCGGGGGCACAGACCCGUGGGACUCUCUUGAGGAGAGUGCCUCCAUGUCCAGAGCAGAUUCUCCCUGGAUGGUGCCACCAACUUCUGACAGCCCCCCACCACCGUGGGAGCCCCCAGCCAACCCUUGGAAUACGGCGCAAAGCAGCGCCUCCAACCCCAACGCUGCCAGCCAAGCGGGUGUUUUCCCUGCAAACACCGUGGGUGUUGAUCCAUUCUUGGUUCCGUCAAAAAGAACAGCAAGAGGAGAUAAUGAGCCUCAUCUUCGUAGUGGAAGCCCCUCCGAUGGAGAUUUCUUUGAUGAAGCCAUGGACGGUGGUCAGGAUAGUAUUAAUGGACGAGGGGACAGUAGCCCUGAGCCUUUUGAUUUGACCUGUCUCGGAGAAACCCUUGCUGACCCCGGGCCUCGCGCAUGCCGGACUCCUGAGUCCUUCCUGGGCCCCACGGCAGCUACCUUGGUAAACUUGGAUAGCCUGAUCCCAACAAACCCCCCACCCAAGAACAAGAACCCUUUUAUGUCAGGUUCAGGCCUGAGUGCUUCCCCCUCGCCCGCCAACCCAUUCCAAAUUGAGCAGCCAAAACUUAGUCUGAACCAGAUGGGUUCUGGCUCCACCUCUGCAGCUCUCAACGUCCCGUCUCUUCCGUACAGCGCCUCCCUGCCGCUGCCUAUGAGCCAUCACGUUGCCAGCAUCCCUUCGUCGCUCACUCACCCCAGCCAGCCGGGUCUGGUACUUCCAGGCGACCUCCCCGAGCCGCUGCUGCCCUUCUCCUCGACCGGUGCUCAGGGAUCACAGGCUGCACAGAGCAGUCAAAACCCUUUCUUAUGAGGAGCGUCUAAACUGGAAAGAAAUGUCUCAGAAAUAUGGAGAAUGCCUUUAGGAUUUGCUCUUGGAAUAACGCUCAAUCUGCAGACCAAACCGCAGCCCUGAGGACUUGUCUAAGACGCUUAUUCUAAGUUGUUUUUAUAUUGUUGUAUACAGUAGUACAGCAACCUGUAGAUUGACACAAACUGGCUCUUUUCCUCACUCCCAACAAGACGCGAUAUGAGAUAACAGAGACAUACAGGAUGAGAUAACGUGUUUUAUUGUUUUUUAUCAAAACCUAUUAAUGUUAUAUAAAACUUCUUUGAAGUCAAUGAUCUUCCAGGACUGACAAAUACAAACUACACAAAAGCACAGAUUUAUCAAACUUUGUUGUGUGUGUGAACUUAGGCAUUAGAAGAGGAACAUGUCUCAGAUUUCAGAUAAUUGGCAAUAGUUAUUUAAACAAGUGUUCAGUGCCUAAACUGUUAUUACAUCAGAACAUUUAACUAUGUAGAGGUUCUAUGGACGAGAACUGACUAUCAGCAAACGAGUUAUACGAUAGUAAAAUUAAUUGCAGAAGGAAAUUCUCCUUUGGGAAGAUCAGGUGUUUCAGGAUUCCUAAUAAGCAAGGCAAGAUUGAAGAAUGUAUGUAUGAACCUGACUUUUAUUCAUUGCUUUUGAACCAUCGCUCGCUCACAGUAUAAUCAUAACAGUCUUUCAUUCCUCAGAUGAGUUUGUUUCACGUUUGUCAUUUCCCAUGGAAUCAUAAUAACUGAUAUGAAUGGAAAAAAGACAAAUAAAGAUAUUGAUAAAUGAA